CAGAAAAAAGUCCCAGCCCUCCUCUCCUCUCCUCUCCUCUCCUCCACUGUGUCAGUCCUCCUGAGAACUGAUAUGUUGUUCUGUAUAAGAAGUGGAACUGAGAGCGCACUCACAAAGAAACAUCUCUGCGUACGAUACAUGUCAUAAAUUGACUUCUCGUUGACUUUGUGGAGGGAUCUUUUAUUUAGUCUUACUGCCAUGGCAAAAUGGUCACUUUUAUUUUUAUACUUUUUCCAAGGACUUCAUCCCCUCAUCUUUGGCCAGCAGCAGCAGCGCCCUGGGGCCUGGCGGCACCGGAUUCAGUGGCAGAACAACGGACAGGUUUACAGCUUAAUGAGCACUGGAUCCGAGUUCCAGGCUCCGGUUCGAUCCAGAAGCCAGUCGAGGGUUUUUGUGAGCAGUAGGAGGGACGGCACCAGGAGCCAAAUACCGGGAGCGCACAGAGGAGCAACGCUUGUAAGACCAGGACAGGGUGAGUCCAGACAAUUCAGGACUGAUCACGGUGCAGAAUCGGGAUCGUUCACGCCUGGACACGAUGCUAGACAGUUUGUGCAGGUUAACCCGCGUGCGUCAGGGACCACCAGACAGCAGCCUGAGCGCCCUUAUGGAGCGGGAGCUGCAGGUUAUCCAGGCGCACGACGUUACAACCCCGAAUACACCAACAGCAUCAACGUCUCUGCACCGGGAAGUUUCACAGAUUUCCCGGGCAGGAGAGUAGCCGUUAGUGUGGACUCUACCGCGCUGCACACCAGAGGAGGAGAACCGGGGCCCGGUGCGCAAUACCAACAGUUACGCACCGUGCCACAAGCCGUGUCUGUGUCCAGGCAACCCGCGCAGACGGAUCACUCCAUCUCAGCGUAUCCCACAACUCUGGAGAGAGAGUCCGAAGCCCCUGCUCCGUUCCCUGCGCUCACCGAGGACGUUUCAAACGAGGCGACCGCAAACGGAGAGGACAUGGUUAACGACGACCCUCGAAACCCGUUUAAAAACCACAGGAAUUCUGUUUUCUACAACAUGUAUCCCACGAGAGGGAGGCCGGGGGCCCGCACGCGCCGUCCGCCUGGCACAGGACACGGAACAAGAUAUUUCCAAAAUGGACUGCCAGACCUUGUGCCAGACCCGUAUGCCAUCCAAGCAGGUGCCUAUAUCCAGCGCAUGCAGAUGUAUGCGCUCCGCUGUGCAGCCGAGGAGAACUGUCUAGCCAGGUCAGCGUAUGGGCCCACUGUGCGAGACAUCGACUUCAGAGUCCUCCUGCGGUUCCCCCAGAAAGUGAAGAACCAAGGCACCACUGACUUCCUCCCCGUCAAGCCGAGAUAUCAGUGGGACUGGCACAGCUGUCACCAGCACUACCACAGCAUGGACGCCUUCAGUAACUACGACCUGCUGGACGUCGUCACUGGACGUAAAGUGGCCGAGGGACACAAGGCCAGUUUCUGCCUCGAGGACACAGGCUGUGACCCCGGAUUCAGGCGGCGCUAUGCCUGUACAUCCCAUACACAGGGACUGAGUCCGGGAUGCCACGACCUCUACGCCGCCAACAUUGACUGUCAGUGGAUUGACAUCACAGAUGUACCUCCAGGAAACUACAUCUUGAAGGUUACAGUCAAUCCAAAUUUCCAUGUUUUGGAGUCGGACUUCACCAACAACAUAGUGAGAUGUGAUAUCACUUACACAGGAAUUUAUGUUCAGACACGCAACUGUCGAGUAACAAGAGGUUGAAGUCUUCAUUUCCCUGUACUAUCUAUAGGAGUUUUGCAGCAAACAUGUCUGCCUGUACUGUACAGCAACAUCAACACAAACAAAGUGCAACUGGUAAAAAGCUGGAACUGUGCUCCUCCUGACAUGGGGUCCUGUGUUGCAUUUAUUCAUAUUAAAUGCAAAAGUUUACACCAAUUUUGUAAAUGAAACUAGUGAGAUUGACAGAUUUACUUGACUGUAUUUCUACUUAUGUGCCAUGAUUCAUUACAUUUAAAAAAAAAUUACAUACAAGUACUGUGUUCAUAUAGGUUUAUUUCUUGAAUGCUGGUUUAUUUCUUGAAAUGUGUUUUUUGUCUUUCUGCUUGGUGUUAUUGUUGCAUUCACAUCAUUAGUUGUCACAGGUUUGUUUAAAGGAUGAGAUAUUCUCUAUUUUUGUUGUUCAAAUUUCAUGAAAAGACCAAAACCAACAAUAUAUUCACACACAUUAACCUGUUGGUGGAUCUCAGUCCCAAACCCACUGGUUUCUACUGUACAAAUUUGUCACAUGGUUCAUUUAUUUCCCCCGCAAAAAAAGUUAAAGUCCCCUCCGAAACACUUGGGCACAGCAGUUUUAAAACAUGGUACUUAAACAGAAGUAAAAAGUGCAUUUGUUAGCGUCUAUUCUCAGCUGCAGAAUUGGAUGUACAAGUGAAUUUGUGAUGUUUUGUGAUGUUUGUUUGAUGUUAGCUUAAAGUAAAAUAGAGUGCAAAAUAUAAUGGAGUGUGUUAUGCACCCCAACAAUGCGGCACAUUAAUGUAUUUUAGUAGUCUACAGCACAGAAAUAACAUCAGGCCUUGGAUACACAGACGAUACUUGUUAGUAGGAUACAUUUAUUGUUGGUUUUUCAUGAGCUUUAUUGGAGAAAAAAAUUGAAUAUCACCAGACUUUAAUCCUUAAACCACCUGAUGGUCAUAAAUAUCUCAAAUAUUAAGUGUAUAGUAUGUUUACAUAAAUGUGUGCUUGUGUAUAACUGAGCGAAUGGAAAAUGUUGAUGACUGUUAUGUAAAGCUGUUGAUAGUGCUUGAACGUUGAUGAAAACUUUAUCUUAUUCUGAUAGAUUUAAUGCAAUAAAAUGGCGAAGAGUGA